UCACUGUAAACGUCAAAUCUAAACAGUAACUGUUCUGUUCUGCUGUUCCUGUUUUGGCGAUGAACUAUCGUCUGCGAGCUGUACCGAAAAAUAAGAUUGCUCGAAAAAAUAAUCAAUAAGUAAGAUGAGAAUUCUGAUAAAAAUUGCAAUUCUGAUUGCAAUCUCGUUGUGUCUGUUCCACCAUGUCCAAAGUCAAGGAAAAAGUCGAGGGGCUCAGCCACUCUCAGAAAAAGUGCAGCAACUACUGGAAAUGAAUGCAAAAAGACCGGUAAUGCGUUUCAACGGAAAUCGUUUUCGAGAUUUCGUAAAAUCGGUUCCUCGGAAUUACUCGGUCGUCAUCAUGUUCACCGCGAUGGCACCGGCCCGGCAGUGUGUGAUUUGCCGGCAUGCACACGACGAAUAUACGAUAGUUGCCAAUUCUUACCGUUACUCACAAACUUACUCUAAUAAGCUUUUCUUCGCCAUGGUUGAUUUCGAUGAGGGCUCGGACGUUUUUCAAAUGCUUCGCUUGAACACAGCUCCGGUAUUUAUUCAUUUCCCGGCUAAAGGCAAACCAAAACCCGCAGAUACAAUGGACAUUCAGCGAGUGGGUGUUUCUGCAGAAGUUAUUGGCAAGUGGAUUCAGGAACGAACUGAUAUCCAAAUUAGAAUCUUCCGUCCACCGAAUUAUUCAGCUACCGUGGCUAUUCUCAUGCUGACAGCGUUUGUCGGUAGUUUCCUAUAUCUGCGCAGGAAUAACCUGGACUUUUUGUAUAACAAGCAAAUGUGGGGAUUUUUGGCAGUCAUAUUUUGCCUUGCUAUGGUGUCCGGUCAGAUGUGGAAUCACAUCAGAAGCCCGCCGUUUGUCCACAAAAGCCAAAACGGAGGUAUAGCGUAUAUUCAUGGGUCGUCGCAAGGACAGUUGGUGAUUGAAACGUAUAUCGUUAUGUUUUUGAAUGCGAUGAUCGUUGUCGGUAUGGUAUUGCUAACGGAAUCAGGCUGGCAAACCGAUGCAAGAAAGGGGAAAAUCACGGCUAUCGUCGGGUUGGUGUUGGUGGCCGUGUUUUUCUCGCUAAUUCUUUCGAUCUUCCGAUCGAAGGCGCAAGGAUAUCCCUACAGCUUUUUAUUCAAAUAAUAUUAAAAGGCACGUUACUAAUGUGGUUUGCGUACACUAGAAUCACAUAUUGAAUCACACACACUCUAAGUCUGAUUCUAUUACCACGUGAGUUUUUGGGUCUAUGUUAGAAUGAUUGAAAGGUGUUGUGUCGUAGUUGAGAAAAUGAAAUCACAUUGAUUUUCUAGUGAAAACUAAUUAUUUAAUGCGAAAAAUGUUCCGUCAUAAAUAGUGAAAUCUUACGAUUCCAUCAAAUUGUUCACAGUGGUUUAUUUUCCGGCUUUACCACAAAAUAUGGUAAAUGAUAAAGGUAGAAUAUAAAAUGACCGCAGAAAAAACCAAUA